CUGAGCAGAUAGAAAAAAAGCUGUUCGCCUGCUAGCAACAGAGCUCUGAACAUCGGGCUAGCAAGAAGAUAAUAGAGAAAACUGGAACGCCACCACGGAUUUCUUGUGGGACAAACGUACAGGCCUCGCUGCUAAAACGAUGCCUCACAAUAGACGGUACUCGUCUUCGGACAGAGACAGUCGAAGCAGCUACCAGGACCGUUACAGAGACAGAGACAGAGGGCGAAGACACCGACACAGAAGAUCGCCUUCCUACUCAUCCAGCAGUGACAGAGACAGAGACCGAGACAGAAGGGGACGGGGACACAGGCAGGAAGGAAGUUAUGCACGUUCAAGGAGUCGUAGUUAUGACAAUCGCUCAACGGAGCACCGACCAUUUGACAGAAGAUACUGCGAUCGAGACAGGGACAGAGAAAGGGAGCCACAUGGAGCAGCUGAAAGUUACUAUCCACGCGACUUCUCCCCAAAUAUGUAUGACUACCGACGUGGCCGCGAGAGGGAACGUGAACGGGAUGAGUCGUAUAGACGGAAAGGCAGCAGGCGUAAGCACAAACGAAGGCGGCGUAGAACAAGGUCCUAUAGCCCAUCCUCCUCGCGGAGCGACAGCCGGACGCGGGCACUGAGUGUGAGGGACGACGAGGAAGGGCACCUGAUCUGUCGGAGUGGGGACGUCCUGCAAGAGAGAUAUGAGAUUGUCAGCACUUUGGGAGAAGGCACCUUUGGGAGGGUGAUGCAGUGCAUUGACCAUCGCAGGGGAGGAGCCCAUGUUGCUCUGAAAAUCAUCAAAAAUGUAGAGAAGUAUAAGGAAGCAGCUCGUCUGGAGAUCAAUGUACUAGAGAAGAUCAACGAGAAGGACCCUGAUAACAAAUUCCUGUGUGUACAGAUGUAUGACUGGUUUGACUAUCACGGUCACAUGUGCAUCUCCUUUGAGCUCCUUGCUCUAAGCACCUUCGACUUUUUAAAGGAAAACAACUACCUUCCCUACUCAAUUGGUCAGGUCCGACACAUGGCCUACCAAAUCUGUCUUGCUGUGAAAUUUCUCCAUGACAAUAAACUGACACAUACAGACUUAAAGCCUGAAAACAUCCUGUUUGUCAACUCAGACUUCACAAUGUACUACAAUGUAGAGAAGAAACGAGAAGAGCGGACGGUUAAGAGCACAGCAGUCCGUGUAGUGGACUUCGGUAGCGCCACUUUUGACCACGAGCACCACAGCACCAUUGUGUCCACACGGCAUUACCGUGCCCCCGAGGUCAUACUAGAGCUGGGCUGGAGCCAUCCAUGUGAUGUGUGGAGCAUUGGCUGUAUCCUGUUCGAGUACUACCUAGGCUUCACCUUGUUUCAGACUCAUGACAACAGGGAGCAUUUGGCCAUGAUGGAGAGAAUCCUGGGACCGGUGCCCUCUAGGAUGAUUCGCAAAACAAGGAAGCAGAAGUAUUUCUAUCGUGGCCGUCUGGACUGGGACGAGAGCUCUUCAGCAGGGAAAUACGUCAGAGAAAACUGCAAACCCUUGCGGCGGUAUUUGUUGUCGGAGGCGGAGGAGCACCACCAGUUGUUUGACCUCAUUGAAAGCAUGUUGGAGUAUGAACCCUCUAAGAGGUUGGUGCUGGCGGACUCCCUCAAGCACCCUUUCUUCGAGAAUGGUGGCAUUGGCGAGGCAGCAGGCAGUAAGAACUGGGAAGGCAACCGAGACAUCAGCCGGUGACCCACGAGCCUCCAAAGACUGAAUGACAGAGGAGAUCAAGUCUUUUAUAUAUGGAACAGGUGAACUGUUGAAUUAAUAGGGGCUUCAGAUGUUUUCUGUCGUUUGUUAUUAAAGCAUGGACACUUCACUUCUCGCUCCUCCAUCCCGUCCCUCUGAUGUCCACCUCUGCAGCCACGAGAGGCAUGGGUUUUUUUUUUGCAGCAGAGAGACCAAAACAACCCACAAAAGACUGAAAAAAGUCAAAAUGAAUCUUUUGUGGUGGUCACAGCCUCAGUAGAGAACAAAAAUCUUAAAUGAAAGAUUGUUUGUACCCAAAGUAGCCCUCUAUGCAGCUCUUGUCUUCCUUUUGACUUCUGAACCACCUUCGUCCCCUCCCUCCCUCCGUCCGUCCGUCCGUCUAUUAGUUUCAUCAGCAUGUAAAGAAAUUAUUUCACCUCUUUAAGGAAACAAGCACUACUACAGUCGGUCAUAAAAGCUCAGUUUUGGAGAAGAAACGUCUUCUGAUUCUGAAGUCUAAGGAAAGGGUAACAAAGGAGAUAGAGCUGUAUAUGCAGUGCUCACCCACAUAAUUCUAAACAAACUGACAUACAAGAUAUUGCUUUGUGCUAACAUCAGAAAAGUAAAAUUGAAUAUCACAUUUCUUUGGAAAUUGCAGGUAUCUCCAGCAGAGGCAAAUGUCUCAAGUUUUUGUUUACUUUUUUGUUAGGUGAGCACUUGCAUUGCGUACAAUAUUUCAUGUUUCUGUUUUUUUUCUAUACAUAAACUGAUUAUCCCUUAUAUGGAGACUCUUGCCCUUAAUCUCCAGUCAUUAGGCCUCUUAUUAUUAGCCAAUGAGAUGAUAUUGGUGAUGGACACUCCACGCACAGGCCUCUGUAGCCUGUCUUACUGAUAGAUAUGUCUGUUUGUUAUGUUAUGCAAUGCUUUCUGGGUGUGAGUGAGCGUGAGUGUGUAGAGGUGUGGAUGGAGUGGGUGACACAUCCAUGUUAAUGUUUUGCUCAGAGACUUCUUAGUAGAUCAGCGUUAGUCAUGGGAAUAUUCUCACAUACACAAAAGAACAAACUGCCUUUUUCCAUGUGUGAUAUGGUCAGACUUGAAGUCUCUCCAUAGAGGUUAAGCACACAGCUCCUGGUGGUAGCCAUUGAGCCACACACAACUCCUGUUGACGUAUUUAUUUUGAGCUCCAAUAGGUCAUAGUCCCCACCCCCCCACCUGUAAAUGACUUGUUUUUUUUGUAUGAAAUUAAAGCGUAUAAAACUGUAUAUAUGUACGAUUGUGUAGAAUUAAAGUUAAGUCCUCCAUGCCAGAGGUUUAUGGUGCUCUCAGUAUCAGUUUGGGCCUCUGGUUGCUAAAAGGAGGCGUUCUGUCUUUAAAUACC